CGCAUGCGGGGCGGGAGAGCGAGAGAAAUUAGCGCAUGCGUGCCGGUACUGCGUGGCCUUCCCCGAAGCCAUCUUUGAGGAGGGCUUCAGGCUGGCACCGAGCACUCGGGAGGAAUCUUUAUUGUGUGCCACGGCCUUUGUCGGAGUAUAUAAGAAAGGCAAAACCGCGGUGUGUCCCUGCCCUCCAGAGACGGCCGAUGCCCUGCGGAUCUAAGAGGGAUCCCACAGAGAGCAGUCGCACUGAGGGGAACCCUGCCUCCACGCCGGAUGCAGGUCUGGCAAACUAACGGCCUCUCGGCUUGGGCUCACUUCCUCCGCCGGAAGUUACGUACGUGACUCCCGGCAGGCUAUUGAGUGGCGGGAACCGAGAGCUGCGGCACCUGGGGGAGUCAGUGGAGCCUGUGGGGAACGGGAUCGGGCACAACGUGGCGCUUCUCCAGGCAGGGCCAGAGGACAGCGGCCACCUCCUCGUCGUGUGUGCGUGACUCGGCUCCUCGAGCCUCCGGCUCUGCGUCUGAGGUUCUGUGUGUGACGCUCUGGCCCCAAGUGGUCCCGGGGUCCCCUUAAGUCCGAUUCUCGCCUCUCGCUUUCGACCAUGCAGGCCUUCCUCAAAGGGCCGGCCUCCAUCAGCACCAAGCCGCCGCCCACCAAGGACCGAGGACCCGCAGCCCCUGCGGGCAGCAGCGCCGAGAGCCGCAGGGCCAAACCCGUCCCGUGGGUGGAGAAAUACCGACCCAAAUGCGUGGACGAGGUGGCCUUUCAGGAGGAGGUGGUGGCAGUGUUGAAGAAGUCCUUGGAAGGAGCCGAUCUCCCCAACCUUUUGUUCUAUGGACCACCUGGAACUGGAAAGACAUCCACCAUUCUGGCGGCUGCCAGGGAACUCUAUGGACCUGAGCUUUUCCGACAAAGAGUUCUAGAAUUAAAUGCAUCAGAUGAACGUGGAAUACAGGUUAUUCGGGAGAAAGUAAAGACGUUUGCUCAACUAACUGUGUCAGGAUCUCGCUCAGAUGGGAAGCCAUGUCCUCCUUUUAAGAUUGUAAUUCUGGAUGAAGCUGACUCUAUGACCUCUGCAGCUCAAGCAGCUUUAAGGCGUACAAUGGAGAAAGAGUCCAAAACGACUCGAUUCUGCCUUAUCUGCAAUUAUGUUAGUCGGAUAAUUGAACCCUUAACCUCUCGAUGCUCCAAAUUCCGCUUCAAGCCUUUGUCAGAUAAAAUUCAGUAUCAGAGAUUACUAGACAUUUCUGAGAAGGAAAACGUGAAAAUCAGUAAUGAGGGAAUAUCUUACCUUGUGAAAGUGUCAGAAGGAGACCUACGAAAAGCCAUCACGUUUCUUCAAAGUGCUACUCGACUGACAGGUGGGCAAGAAGUCACAGAGAAGGUGAUCACAGAAAUUGCUGGGGUGGUACCUACAGAAACGAUUAAUGGCAUUUUCUCAGCCUGUCAGAGUGGCUCCUUUGAAAAACUGGAAGCCAUUGUUAAGGAUCUAAUUGAUGAGGGGCAUGCAGCAACCCAGCUUAUUAACCAACUUCAUGAUGUGGUGGUGGAAAAAGAGGACCUCACUGAUAAGCAGAAGUCAGUCAUUACAGAGAAGCUUGCAGAAAUGGACAAGUGCCUAGCAGAUGGUGCCGAUGAACACUUGCAGUUGAUCAGUCUCUGUGCUACAGUGAUGCAGCAAUUAACUCAAAAUGUUAAUUGAACUUUUUGCAUUUUGAUGGCAAUAAAAGUUUGGAUGUAAAA